AACGACAGAGACACGGAGACAGAGGGAAGAGGUAAUACUCAGAGAAAGAUGAGGAAAGGAACGACGAACGUCCAUAGUGGUCGAGAAGGCAGAGAGAAAGUGAAUGAGUGAGCGAAAGAGUGAGUGAGCGAGUGUGUGUGUGUGAGAGAGAGAGAGCGAGAGAGAGAGAGAAGGGGCAAGUGAGGGAACAAGGGGAGAGAAACAGAAAGCUCCAGAGGCAGGGGAUUUUCUGUGAUCUGCAGCCUGGAAAUGGAGAGACGGAUGGAGAGACAGAGGGAGAAGGAGGAGAGGAGGGGUGGAAGGAGGCACACAAGGGAGGAGGAUUAAUUAGCAAUGCAACCACAUUACUGGAGCUUUAAGGCGAGGACUCCUCGUGCCAGCGGUGGAGGUCAUCACUCUCUUGCUGAUCAGGGUGGAGGACGGUCGUUCUACGCCUCAGCAGAGAAUCUAGAGACCAUGGGUGACGCUGAUCUUGCUCUUGGCUUCAGUCGCUCCAACCGCCUCAGACAGAGCCUGCCGCUUGCCCGCUCUCCCAGCCAGAACAAGCUCCGUCCGCCAGGUGUUUUGUUCCUGCAGUUUGGUGACGAGACACGGCGUGUUCACCUCAGCCACGAGCUGAGCAGCAUGGAGACACUGCACGCGCUGAUUGUGCAUGUGUUCCCUCAGCAGCUGAACAUGAGUGCGCUCCGUUCGCCCGCCACCGCCAUCCUCAUCAAAGACGAGGCGCGUAACGUCUUCUACGAGCUGGAUGACCCUCGCCGGAUCCACGACCGCUGUGUCCUCAAGAUCUACUGCCGAGACACCGCGUACAGCACUCACCACCACGCGCACCACGGCCACGUCACCAAUGGAGACCUACGGAGGGAGCUAGCGUACACCUCACGUGAAUCUUCUCCUACUCGCCGCUUGAACACCCACCCUUCGUCCUCCUCUCCGUCGGCCUCCCCGUCACGCCCACACUCCCGCCUUUCUUAUGGGUCUGUUCGGCCUUCCUCGUAUGCUGGUCCACCCCCGUCCCCGCAGCCCCACCCUUACCAGCACCAGAACCCCAACCACCCUGCCUUCUGCCCUUCCCCCAGUGCCAUCCUGGAGCGACGUGAUGUCAGACCGGAUGAGGAGGCGCCAGCAUCACCAUCAAAGAGUGUGGUGCUCCUGAAGAACGAGGUGGCGUAUGCUGAUCCGUACGCACUCGUCCAUGGUGUGGCUUCACCCCAAUCGCUUGCUUUCCGACGUGGCUCGCUGCGGUCCCUGAGCCCGUAUUCAGCUGCUGCUCUGCAGUGCGAGCUUGAUGCUGCCCUCUACAGGCCUGGAGGUCCGCUCUAUGCCGAGCCUUAUGGGCCGAUGGGCUUCCGAACUUUGCAACCUGCAUCACCACAGAAGCUGGAGUCUUACAGGGGUCACCCAGGUCGGGGAUCACCAGGAAGGCAGGGCUUCCGAAAAGACGCGACGGUGUACAUAGAGGGUCAUAAAUCACGGGUUGGGGGCCCUUUGCUGGACCAAAUGUGUGUAAUAGGUGGAGCAGGAGGUGAGGGAGUGGCACUGGCAGGAUACGAAACCGAGACAAGGGAGCGAAUGGAGGCCAUGGAAAAGCAGAUAGCCAGUUUGACCGGUCUGGUCCAGAGUGUUCUUACCCGAGCCCCGGACAGUCCUGACAAGGCAGAAACAGCAAGUGACUGCUCAGCACCCGAGACCACGACUCCUUUGGCUCCUCUGGCCCUGAUGCCACCACCGCCCGCUGGAACAUCUCAGCCGAUUACAAUGUCUCGCUCCCAAAUGCAUUUGCAUCUCAGUGACUUGCAACGGAGUACGAUGGAGCUACGCAAGCAGCUGUCACAAUUACGCAAAAUACAGAUGCAGAAUCAGGACUCGGUGCACACUUUGCUGAGACAAGCGGAGGCCGAUUUGGGUCUUUGCCUGAUUGAAGCAUCUCGGACGCAGGAAGAUCCUCUGCAACGCCAGCGCCUCCUCGUGGAAGAAGAGAGACUGCGCUAUCUCAACGAAGAGGAACUGAUUAUACAGCAGCUACAUGAUCUGGAAUGUUCCGUGGAGGAAAUGAAGACAGGGGCAGGGCUAAACCAUCGCUUGGUGACGGAACAAGAAGUGGAACAGAAAAGCCAGGAGCUCCGGAGGCUUGGAGAGACGCUCACCAAACUUAAGAAUCAAUUCCCGAUGCUGCAAAGUAAAAUGCGCGUGGUGCUGCGAGUGGAGGUUGAGGCAGUGAAGUUUUUGAAGGAGGAACCGCUGAGGCUUGAUGCUUUACUGAAACGCUGCAGAAACAUCACGGAUACACUCGCGCUGCUGAGGAGGCAGGUAUCGGAAGGCCUAUGGAAGACUCCGGAAGACUUCAGCAGCUCCAGCGAUGUUGACUUUACAAAGAGCUGUGAUCUGGACAUCCUAACCAGCCCUUCCCUGACCAGUCUGCCUGACUUGACAGGCACUUUAACAGGCACUACUGCUCUGUCAGGCUCCUUGAUGACCAACUCUGCCAGCAUAGGCUCUGGUGCCAGUCUGUCUUGUGCUCUUGGCACCAGUCUGGGCUCGAGUUUGAGUGGUGCUGCUGGUUUAGCAGGCACUACUGCUCUUGGGAACUGGCUGGCAAGCACGGGAGUUAUGGACAGCAGCAUGCCUGAGCAGGAUGGGACCUCGGCAGGCACACCAAAGAGCCGUGGCAUCGAGGAUCUGCCAACAUGGAGAGAAACAGACAAAGGCGUGUCUGUGGAAGUCCGUCUGGCAGCAGAGCGUGAUUGGGAAGAAAAGCGGGCAAGUUUAACCCAGUUUAGUGCCCAGGACAUAAAUCGUCUCUUAGAGGAGACGCAAGCAGAACUGAUGAAGGCCAUCCCUGAUCUGGAUUUUGCUGCCAAGCAAAUCUCCAAACCUGCUGUGCCCCCAAAACCACAGCUCUCCUCUCGACCCAAACCUGCUUCGCCAUCCUCCACACCAAGCUGUACACCUGAACACCAACCGGGAAAGCCGCCACCUAAACCAGCUGGCAAGGAUGGCAUUCAACGAAGAGAAUCGGGGGAGCUGACUGUUCCACGGUACCGAACAGAGAAGCCGUCCAAGUCUCCACCACCUCCACCACCACGCCGAAGUUUCCCAUCAGGGCACAGGCUCACGACCAACAGCAGUGGCGAGGUAGUCAUCGUUAACAAGAGCGCUAACAAACCUGAAAAAAAAGAAAACUGUGAUGAGUCAGAUUCACAAGUCCAGUCUCAGACUCCACCUGUUAAACUCAGACGACCUUCAACCUCUGACGGGCCCCGGCCCUCCUCCACACCGCCGGUUAUUGCUGCUUCUGGGAUGAAGGAGGAUGAGGAUGAGGAGGAGAAGAUCAUGGCAGAGCUGGAGAUCUUCCAGCCAGCACUGGUAAGGCCCGUCACCCCCAAGUCCAUCAACCUCCCACAGUCCACCAGUCCCGAGAGCAGCGCUCCCAGUUUGGGUCAGUGGACAUGCAGCAGUUUGUGGUUAGAGAACGCAGACACUCCUCCAGGUUUGGCUAAGACGGCGUCUUCGUCAUCUUCGUCAUCGUCGUCUUCGUCUUCUCGCGUCAAGCAGCUGCAGCAGAGCAGUUUGGAACGGAAAAACAGGAAGCAGCGCGAGCAGCAGGGCCAGCAGCAGGUAUUUCACUUCUAACAGCUACUGGAGCUAAUGCUUCCGACCGAACCCGAUGCCCGAGCUAGGACUGAGCGCUACCUGCUACGCUAGCAGUGUACCCGAUGACGCUUGCUAGCUGAGCGCUAGUCUGUUUUUGCUAGCACUUA